AUGUGGCAUAAUGAAGAUAUGGGCGGUGUGAGCGCACUUGUGCGACACACUGCUGGAGUGGCCGAAUUGGCCAUCAAUGCAGGACAUCCAGAUCGUAAAUAUAACGAAUAUUUACCAUAUCCAGAUAACGAUUUUCAAGAUCAUUUUGAUACUCCAUAUCAAUACGGUUCGUUUAUGAAAUGUGGUUGUACAAAAUAUUGUAUCAUAACUAAACAUGGCUCAUUUGAAUGGUCAGUUUUUAAACGUUAUCGACAUUUUAGUGACCUACAUAAACGUUUAGUGCAAUUUGUUCAAUCUGAUACACAACGAUCAAUUAGUGAUUUAGACAAGUAAGCAUUUUUUCCUUGCAAUUCAUUGUUUCAUUAUUUUGCUUUCAUUACUUUCAUAUGAUUGCAUUUUAAGUUUUUCUGUUUUGUUCAUAAAUAUCCAUACAGUGUAGAGACAUAUUAUAUUAUUGUGAUUAGAGCCCUGCAAGUUACGACUUUUUGACAACCUACAAUCUAACCUAUAAAAAGUUUCAUAACCUAAACCUAACCCAAUCUAUAGGUUAGGUUUAAGCUGCAGGGGGUCGUAUCACGAAAAAACUUAUGUCACCGACUUAAGUCGGGACUUAAGCCUAAGUUUAAGACCAACUUAAGUCCGGGGACUUAAAUCGUAUCACGAAAAGACUUAAGUUGACGAUUUGUUUACUUUUUAAAAGUCGUUGACAACAGUGACAAACUUCGGAUAUAAACCCGCAAAAUAACGAAAUAUUUAUUCUCUAAUCCUUAGAAUGCCGUUUUCAUCGAAUCAUAUCGUUAAAUGCCUGAUCUAUUCAAAAAAUGCGUCAAUGACUUAAGUCCGACUUAAGUCAUUGACGCAUUUUUUGAAUAGAUCAGGCAUUUAACGAUAUGAUUCGAUGAAAACGGC